AUGUCUCGCACUCUUCGUUCCGGUAAUGUCUACAAUGAUUUCCCUACCGCUCCUCCGCGCCCUGCUCGUACUCCAGCCCCUAAGGUAACCAGAAACCGGGAAUAUGUCGUAAAUAGAACGAAUAUCCCCGCGGGCCUCUUACACAAGAAGGUUGCUGAGUGCCAGCUCGAGUUUAUAGAUGUCGGCCCGGUAAAUCCAAAGGAUCCUGAAGACCCAAAUCGAGAUAACCAUACAAUCAUCCGACUCACGUUCUUACAUCGGUUGGAGGAUGAUGAUACCCCGUACGCACCUAUUGGCACCAGGGGGGUUGUCCUGGACUUGGAAGGUAUGCGGGGACCUAACGGCACAAAUAGAUCUGUACUAAUGAUGUCUACCUUCGGAUACGAAGGCCCGCAUCAGACAGCGCUCCACUGGAAAAAACUACCUAUGGGCCGCAAUAAGACAGUUAGGGAUUGUGUUAGGAUCCUUCUAGACACCACGUUGCUCCCUUGCCACCUUGAUCUCAGCAACAACAGCUUGGUUGGCUGUAGAGAUUUUACGUCGCAAGUGAUUUAUCAAUUGAAUCUGUGGGGGUUUUUGAGACUUCCGGCUGGUGCUCACACUACUAUAUACGGCCUUUUCAACUACAAAUACAAUCUCCCUCUUCCCCCUGCCAUUAUGGACCUUAAUGUUGCCCCCAGUACUGUGGACUAUGCUCUCUUUAGACGGACAUACCCAUACGUGCACAUUACGGGUAUCACUUAUACUGGCGGACCACGUCAAUUCCUUCCCUAA